AUGGCCGCCGCCGCGCAGUACUUGCCGCGCUCCGCCGCGCUCAUGCACCCCGACGGCGACCGGCUGCACCAGGGCACCACGUACCGCGAGGUGCAGAAGGUGAUGCACCACGAGUACCUGCAGGGACUGGCGCCCGCCGCCGGGCACGCCGUCGGGCUGGCGCACCACCAGUGGCUGCCCAGCGCCGGCACGGACUGGGGCAGCGGUGGGGGCGGCGGGGGCGCGCACCUUCCGCCCGCCGAGCACGCCAAGGGCGGCCCGCCGGGACCCCGCGAAGAGCUGUCCGCCGCCGCCUUCCAUCACCGCCCGCACCUGGUGCACCAGUCGGCGGCGGGCGGCGCGGCGGGCGGCUGGGCGCAGGGCGGCGCACACCACCUGCCGCCCAUGUCUCCGCCGUCGGGGCAGCCGCUGCUCUACGCGCAGCCCUACGCGAGCCUCAACGGGAUGCUGGGCCCGCCAGCGCCGGCGCUGCACCACGGGCUGCGCGACCCGCUGGGCGCCGAGGAGGCGGGCGGCCACGAACUGGCGGCCUCGCCGCCGCCGCUGGGGCCGCCCGAGCCGUCGGACGAGGACGCGCCCAGCUCCGACGACCUGGAGCAGUUCGCGAAGCAGUUCAAGCAGCGGCGGAUCAAGCUGGGCUUCACGCAGGCCGAUGUGGGGCUGGCGCUGGGCACCCUGUACGGGAACGUCUUCUCGCAAACCACUAUCUGCCGGUUCGAGGCGCUGCAGCUGAGCUUCAAGAACAUGUGCAAGCUGAAGCCGCUGCUCAACAAGUGGCUGGAGGAGACGGACUCCAGCACGGGCAGCCCCACCAACCUGGACAAGAUCGCGGCGCAGGGCCGGAAGCGCAAGAAGCGGACGUCCAUCGAGGUGGGCGUCAAGGGCGCCCUGGAGAACCACUUCCUCAAGUGCCCCAAGCCCUCGGCGCACGAGAUCACCUCCCUGGCGGACUCCCUGCAGCUGGAGAAAGAGGUGGUGCGGGUCUGGUUCUGCAACCGGCGGCAGAAGGAGAAGCGGAUGACGCCGGCCGGGGUCCCGCACCCCCCCAUGGAGGACGUUUACGCACAGGCGGACACUUCGCCGCUGCACCACGCGCUGCCCGGCGCCGUGCAGUGACUGCCCGGCCCCCCGCGGCCCCGACGGCGGCGCGGCGGGCGCGGGCAGCGGGGGACGCGUUUUAAUUUAUUCUCAGACUGGCCCGGCCGCCCGCUCCGCGCCCCGCGCUCUAUUUAUUCGCCCGCCGGAGCCGCAGCGGCCGCCGCAGCAGUAGCCAAAGGUUUGCGAUCUCUAAUUUAUUCCCUUCCUCGCGCGGCCGGGAGGCGGUGGCGCCCCCGGCUCGGCCCCUCCCGCUCUGCCUGGCCCGGCCCGCCCGGGGGGACGCUUCGAAACCAUUUCCCGGCCCGUCUCUAUUUAUUUCUAACCGUGCGCGGAGCUCGCACCCUCCCGUUGGUGGGUUCAGUCCGGUCAAUUCCCUGGGGUUUCGGUUUUUGUUUGUAUCUCUUAUUACAAAACCAAUGUAGACUGCGAGGGUACGUUUCUAUUUAUGUUAUAGUAAAUAUUUUAUUACU